GCUCUUUCAUUACCACUGAAAACGACAGCGUUGCAUUGUCUAUAUAAAUUCACGAUACCUUCCUCUCUUCUCCACAAAUUCAUUUCUUCUUCUUUCUCAUCAUUCAUGGACUGGACCAGAGGCCCCCCCGUCGGCCGCGGCUCCUCCGCCACCGUCUAUAUGGCUACAAUCAACUCAUCCGGCCAACAAUUCGCCGUCAAAUCCACCGACUUUGCAUCAUCGGCUCUGUUGCAGAAGGAACACGCUCUUCUCUCCAAUUUGAGCUCCCCAUACCUAAUUAAGUCCCUAGGUUUCGACGUUGAAACCCAACCCUUCAAUCCCCCGGUGUUCAAUCUCUUCAUGGAGUAUUUGCCGGAGGGGACUCUGUGGGACGCGAUUCAGAGCAACGGCGGUCGAAUUGAGGAAUCGAUGAUCCGAGUGUUUUCGCGGCAGAUUCUCAAAGGAUUGGACUACCUUCAUGCUAAUGGAUUGGCACAUUGCGAUAUCAAGAGCCGGAAUCUGUUACUGAGUGAUGGGGAUUUGAAAAUUGCCGAUCUAGGUUGUGCGAAAUUUGUGGAUGGAAUUUCCGGUAAUGGAGUUGGGGCUUUUUCUGGUUCGCCGGCGUUCAUGGCGCCGGAAGUUGCAAGAGGUGAAGAACAGGGAUUUCCGGCCGAUGUUUGGGCUUUUGGAUGUACAGUCAUUGAAAUGGCUACUGGGGAUCAUCCAUGGCCGGAAAUAGAGGAUCCGGUUUCGGCGUUGUAUCGGAUUGGAUUUUCCGGCGAGUUACCAGAGAUUCCGCGGUGGUUGUCGGAAAUUGCGAGGGAUUUUGUCGCCAAGUGUUUGAUAAAAGACUCGAAAGAAAGAUGGAGUGUGAAACGGCUUCUCGAGCAUCCGUUUCUUCAAGAACUUGAUUCUGAAUCGGAAAUUGAAGGGUCGAGGAUGAAAAUGGUGAAUUCUUCUUCUCCGAGCUGUGUUUUGGAUCAGAGGUUUUGGGAUUCAAUGGAAGAUUUGGAGACUCCAUGGAAGGUGACUCAACAAGCUUCUUUGGUGGAUUGUCCAGCUGAGAGGAUUAGAAGGUUGGCUGAUAAUUUCUCUUGCGAUUUGGAAUUGGAAUGGGAUGAUGGAGACUGGGUUUUGAUCAGAAACAAUGGGGUCGGCGGUGGAAGCCAUGGAAAUGGAUCUGUGAGCAUAGAUUUUUGUGCUACAGUUGAAGAAGAAGAUGAAAAUUUGAACUCGGAAAUUGAAGAAAAUUCUGUAUUGUUCUGUUUAGUUGAUGAUGAUUUUAGUGUUGUGAACAGUAGGAAAGGAGGAUUACAAAUGGAAUUAAAGAGUGAUUUUAUGUUGGAAACUGUUGAAAACUAUUUUUCUUUUACACUAAUCCAAAUUCAUCUCCUAUUUCCUCAUGAUCUUCAUCUUCUUCUUUUGUUUCUUUUUCCAAAUUUGACAUGCCUCUUUGCCUUGUUCAACAAUUAUGGUUUGGUCAGAAUGUCAUUCCAAAAUUUUCCAUAUCGUUUUGCACUAAUAGAGUUCUAUCUAUCCAUUGUAUUGAUAAACAGAUUCAAUUUAACUAUUUUAGUAUCACAUUUUUGUUGUUAGUGAAAAUUGAAAGGAUUAAAAAGUAAGACUACCUGAAUUUCUUCA